CUCUCACUCGCCCUCUCCCUUCCGCACUUCUGCCUUCCUUUGGGCUACUUUCCUUUUCUUCCGACAGUCCUCUCUCUCUUUUUUGUUUUCUUUCGUUCCAACUUCUGGAAUACAUUCAAGAGAUCCUUUACUUCUUGGUUGCUCAUUCAUUGUUCUUCGUUAUGACUUUCUUCCGUUCUUUCAUCAACGCACACAGUGCGCUGACCGCACAGGCCCGUCGUACAUUCUCAACAGCUAUGUAUGGCAGCAACAGCACUGCCACUGCCACCAAAAAAAACUGCUUUAACCCAGAUAUGCUCUAUUUGCAACCCCGCUGGCAUGUUCAGAAGGAUCAUGCUGCUCAGGGUACUGGAAAGGUUCUUGUCGGAAUGAUCCAAAAGCGCUGGAGUUCGGCUUCUGCACAGCCUGUGAAGCCUGGAUCGAUUGACAGGUUGCGCAAUAUUGGUAUCUCGGCCCAUAUUGAUUCCGGAAAGACAACAUUGACGGAGCGUGUCCUUUUUUUUACUGGUCGUAUCAACCAAAUUCAUGAAGUUCGUGGCAAGGACAAUGUUGGGGCUAAGAUGGAUUCAAUGGACUUGGAGCGUGAGAAGGGAAUCACUAUUCAGAGCGCUGCCACUUAUGCGGCAUGGAAGGACUAUAACUUUAACAUCAUCGAUACACCUGGGCACGUUGAUUUCACCAUCGAAGUGGAAAGAGCUCUUCGUGUUUUGGAUGGAGCUGUGCUUGUUUUGUGCGCUGUCAGUGGAGUACAAUCUCAAACAAUCACGGUCGACCGCCAAAUGAAGCGUUAUAACGUCCCUAGGAUUUGCUUCAUCAAUAAGAUGGAUCGUGCUGGUGCAAAUCCGUGGAAGGUUGUAGAUGCUCUCCGGACCAAAUUGAAGAUGCAUGCCGCCGCCCUUCAGAUCCCGAUGGGUGCUGAGGAUAAUUUCAAGGGUGUUAUUGAUCUUCUGAAAUGGAAGGCUAUCACCUUUGAAGGCCAGGAUGGAAUCCAGGUCGUUGAGAGCGAGAUCCCACAGGAGUUCUUGGAGCUCGCUAAGACCAAGCGUACUGAACUCUUCGAGCAUUUGGCUGAGGUUGAUGAGACCAUGUCGGAUAUGUUUAUCAUGGAGGAAACCCCCACAAGUGAGCAGCUGGCUGAAGCUAUUCGUCGCGCCACUAUCGCCCGUAAGUUCAUCCCAGUCAUGAUGGGAUCUGCUAUCAAGAACAAGGGCGUCCAGCCUCUCUUGGACGCUGUUUGCGCCUAUCUUCCCAGUCCCAAUGAAGUUGAGAAUAUUGCUUUGGACAUCAAGAAUGAGGAAGCCAAGGUUACGCUAUCAUCAGGCGAGAAGGAUCCCUUUGUUGGUUUGGCUUUCAAGUUGGAAGAAGGGCGCUUCGGUCAGCUGACUUAUAUGCGUGUCUAUCAGGGUAUGUUGCGUCGCGGAGGGUUCAUCACCAACGUUAAGAACGAUAAGAAGGUCAAGGUCCCUCGUCUGGUACGCAUGCAUGCCGAUGAGCUCGAGGAUGUUGAUGAGAUUGGACCCGGAGAGAUCUGUGCCAUGUUUGGUGUUGACUGUUCCUCUGGAGAUACUUUUACAGAUGGCGCUCUCCAAUAUACCAUGACCUCGAUGUUCGUCCCUACCCCUGAGACUCCAAACUUCUCCAAGGCCCUGAACCGUUUCCAGAAAGAGGAUCCUACCUUCACGGUUCACGUCGAUUCUGAGACCAAAGAGACUAUUAUCUCUGGUAUGGGAGAGUUGCACCUGGAAAUUUAUGUUGAACGUAUGCGCCGUGAGUACAAUGUCGACUGUGUGACUGGAAAGCCUCAGGUCGCUUUCCGUGAGGCUAUUACGAACUCGGCCAAGUUCAACUACACUCACAAGAAGCAGUCUGGAGGAGCUGGUCAGUAUGGUCGUGUCCAAGGAUAUAUUGAACCUGCAGAGAGUGACGAGGAUGGCAAAGAUGCCUUCUUUGAAUCCAGAGUUGUGGGAGGUAACAUUCCUACUAACUUUAUUCCUGCUUGUGAGAAGGGAUUCCGUGAGGGCAUGCAGAAGGGUUUCUUGAUUGGACACCCCAUCACUGGUGUUCGCAUGAUCCUUGAGGAUGGAGCCGCUCACGCUGUCGAUUCCUCAGAAUUGGCUUUCAAGCUUGCAACAUUGAACGCAUUCAAGGAAGCGUAUAUGAAAGCCAACCCCGUGAUUAUGGAGCCUAUCAUGAAGGUUGAUGUUACUGCACCUAUUGAGUUCCAAGGUACAGUCAUUGGUGGUAUCAACAAGCGCAAAGGAACUAUUGUCGAUACAGAGUCUGGAGAGGACUACUUUAGUUGUGUGGCAGAGGUUUCGCUGAAUGCCAUGUUUGGAUAUGCCUCUGAGAUCCGUGGUCAAUCCCAAGGCAAGGGUGAGUUCUCGAUGGAGUACCUUCGUCAUCAAAGGGUACAACCUCAGGACCAGAUUGAAUUGAUCAAGGCAUAUCAGAAGAAGCAGAAGGAAGAGCAGAAGUAAAUAAAGUAAAAAUAGACAUAAAAGUAGUUUUAGACAAUUGGCCUUUUCACAUUUUUUUUGCAUCAAUAAAGUAGUA